UCCCGGCAGAAGAGGGGCGGAGCCUGGGUGCUGCUCGCCGCUGGCGCCCCAGUUGCCGCCAUUGCUGGGCAGCGGGGAGCCCCCCCCCCCGUCCCUUGCCCAGGCCCGCGGGCGUCCUGCUGGGGAAGGACAGGCGAGGCCUCGGGGGGAAGACCCGGAGACCCGGGCGGUGCGGCAGGAGGAGGAGGCGAGGCCUUGGCAGCCUGGGUGAAGGCGGGUGCGCCGCGGCGUUCUCCUGACCCCCCACGAUGGCGAUGAGGGAACUGGUGGAAGCCGAGUGUGGGGGCUCCAACCCCCUGAUGAAGCUCGCCGGCCACUUCACGCAAGACAAAGGCCUGCAGCAGGAGGGGCUCCGGGGUCCCCUGGCUUGGCCCCCCGGGGCUUCGGUGCAUGAGGGGGUGUCUAAACCUCUUGGAAGAGCCUCCGAAGAUGAACUGGUGGCAGAAUUCCUUCAAGAGCAGAAUGGCCCGCUGUUGUCUCGUGCCCCGCAGACAUUCAAGAUGGACGAUCUGUUGGCUGAGAUGCAGGAAAUUGAGCAGUCCAGUUUUCGGCAGGCCCCUCAGAGAGCUCCGGGGGUGGCGGCCCUGGCUCUGUCGGAGAACUGGGCGCAAGAAUUCUUUGAUGCUGCUGAUAGCACGGUUGAUGUUGCGGCAGAUUAUAAUGAAGCUGACUGGUCCCAGGAAUUCAUUGCAGAGGUUACAGAUCCCUUGUCAGAAUCACCGGCCAAGUGGGCCGAGGAAUAUUUGGAGCAAUCAGAGGAGAAAUUGUGGUUAGGAGAAUCGGAAGACCAAACGCUGGCUGAUAAAUGGUACGAGGAAUAUCAACCUGAAGAUGAUCUUAAGAAAACGGCCAACGAUUUCCUAGCAAAAGUGGACGACCCCAAACUGAAUAAUUCUGAGUUCCUAAAGUUUGUCCGCCAGAUUGGAGACGGGAGGGUGUCCAUCGAGGCAAAUCAAGUGACCGUUACCCCCAGAGACCAGGAUCAGGCAGAGCAAUGGGCAACUGAGUUUAUACAGCAGCAGAACGCCUCCGAAGCCUGGGUGGAUCAGUUCACACAUGCUGGGGACAUGUUGGGUCUGGAUGCCGAGUUCGAGCAAGCCAAGACGGCUGUAGAGUCAGAUGUGGAUUUCUGGGACAAGCUGCAGGCCGAGUGGGAGGAAAUGGCCAAGCGGGACGCAGAGGCCCAUCCUUGGCUGACGGAUUACGAGGACCUUGCUAGCUCCUCUUACGACAAGGGAUACCAGUUUGAAGAAGACAACCCUGUCCGGGAUCACCCGCAUGCCUUUGAAGAAGGGCUGAAAUGCUUGGAGCAAGGGGACCUUCCCAACGCCGUCCAGUUCUUUGAGGCUGCCGUCCAGCAGAAUCCUGACCAUAUGGAGGCCUGGCAGUACCUGGGGACGACGCAAGCAGAGAAUGAGCAGGAACUUGCAGCGAUCAGCGCGCUCAGGCGGUGUCUAGAGCUGAGCCCUACAAACCUCACAGCCCUCAUGGCUCUGGCGGUCAGCUUCACCAACGAGUCGUUGCAGAAGCAGGCCUGUGAAACUCUGCGCGACUGGCUGCGCCACAAACCUGCUUAUGCUCACCUGGUGGGAAAGGAGCCUACAGGAGACAGUCCGGGCCUUGGGCCUUCCAGGCGUAUCCUGGGUUCCCUCUUAACAGAUUCGCUCUUUGUUGAAGUGAAGGAGCUGUUCUUGGCAGCUGUGAGAAGCAACACCUCUACUGUGGAUCCCGAUGUGCAGUGUGGCCUGGGGGUUCUCUUCAACCUGAGUGGCGAGUACGAGAAAGCUGUGGAUUGCUUCACCGCUGCCCUGAGCACACGCCCAAAUGAUCACCUCCUGUGGAACAAGCUGGGCGCCACCUUGGCCAAUGGCAACCGGAGCGAGGAAGCCGUUGCAGCUUACAGGCGGGCCCUGGAGUUACAGCCAGGCUACAUCCGCUCCCGUUACAACCUGGGCAUCAGCUGUAUCAAUCUUGGAGCUCACCGAGAGGCCGUGGAGCACUUCCUGGAGGCCCUGCAUAUGCAGCAGAAGAGCCGGGGACCACGAGGGCAGCAGGGCGCCAUGUCUGACAACAUCUGGAGCACCCUCCGCAUGGCCCUCUCCAUGCUGGGCCAGAGCGAUCUAUAUGCGGCGGCCGACGCCCGAGACCUCCCAACCUUGCUGCAGGCUUUUGGCCUGCAGCAAUGACUCUGGGAUGGGCUCCCCUGUGAAUGCAGGAUGAGCCCUUACCUGCUCUGAUCUUCUUCCUCCCCCCGCCUCCCUCUAGAAAUACACACAAUCGGUCAGUUAGCCCUCCUAUCCGCACCACAGGAUUCCAGAGCAACUCCCGGCCUCUAUUUCAACACAGGGCAAACCUCCCCUUGUUUUGUGUUGGUCUCAUUUCCUCUCACCCCUGUGGUGUCAAGCUAGUGCAGCUCACUGGCCAUGCAGGACUUCUGGGUUUGCAUUUUUCAAGAGAAGCAAAUCCACUAAUCCAGGAGGCAUGCUAAUCCGGGGAUCAUGUUGUUGACCCCAAACGGCCACCAGACAUGCUUUUUAGAAUGGCGGAGCUGCUGCUGUAUAGCUCUGUGCUUCCAUGGGGUGUCUGGGGCGGGGGGAGAGUUAGGACCCCUAGGUACUGGGGGAAGUGAUCCGAGUCUGUGUGGUAAAAUUACAGGGUACCAGUUGGGUGGGCGUGGUGGCACUCUGAGUGCAUCUCCCUGUUUGAUGAUUCUGUUUCAGGGUUCUUUUUCAAAGCGUUGAAUCAUGAUGUGAAAUUCUAGACUUCCACCUUCUUAAGUGCUGCUAGCUUGAAAGGUGCAACGCUCAGUGAUUGAAAGUAUUUCAGGAAGCACAGGAGCAGCAUACUCUCAGUAACAGCGCAGGGGGAAGCGUCAGCUCCCUUUCUCUUCCAGUGUGAGCAGGAACUUAUUUAGAGGAGGGGAGAACCGAAGGAGCCAGCUGAGGGUUAACCAAAGCACCCUUGGGGUGAAGAGCAGUUGCUGUUGUGUCUUAAUUAGCCUCAGUGGCAAUGUAACAAACAAAAAUACAGAGGAACACAGGCCAGAAACGAAGAACAGAACUACAACACAGAUGCUGAAACAUAUCACACUGCCAAACGUUUAAACUGCAUUUGUACGCAUAUCCUUUUUUAAAAAUGUAAGAAUAAUUCAGGAUGCACCAUUGCAGUGGAAGGGUUUAAGCGUGUGAAUUUGAAAAGUUACUGCUUUUUUGCAUGUCUUGCGUACAGAUAAGAACAUCUGAAAGCAAAGGAUGUCCCAAACUGGUCAGCUGCCGUUUGAAGGUUGUGAUUCUAGUAAGGUGGUUUAACAUAGAGUUGACACAAUUGAUGAUGAUGCGAUCCUUUUGGAAAUAUCAGGGGGGGUCUUUCCCAUGAGCAGUGAGAACAGGUCUGUUGAGGAAGGGGAAAUCCUGAUCGCUCUGCGCCGCGCUGCACUCUUCUAGCACGCGAAGGGCAACCCCACAAGCAGGCAGCUCUCACAAAGAGCCUGUCGAGGGGUCGCCAGGGGGUGGAGCAUUUAGCUAAGCCAAUGGGCCGGAAGCCUCUCCAGUUCUUUAGAAGUUUGUAUGUGGAAUAUGCUGGUUGGCACUGAUGCUGUCAAGCAUGCAGACGCUUAGAAAUCUUCAACGGUGCUAGCAAGGGAGGAGGGUACCCUUGGAUGGCCGCCUCCCCAGUUCACAGGUAGGUAGGACAGAUGCAGAUGGGUUGCAGGGGCGUUCAGGUCCAGGUGGAGGUGGACUUCAAUCCAUACCUGACCUGCCCCACAGCCAGGACCUUCCUCAAGCCUGUUUUAUCCAAGUCUGUCCUUCUCCACUGGCUCUUCCAGUCGCAUUUAAAAUGCCAGUGCGCCUUGUCCCCCUUUUCUACGCCCUCAUGCCUGACGGUUGCCUAUCAUGUUCAAAAUUUUCCACUGCGAUCUUGUGUCUUGCAUUAAAGAUGGUCGUAUCUACAAAUGCGGUUUAGAUCCAUGGACGCAGCCUCGAAGCCCGUGCGUUUCUAAUUGCCCUUCGGCUGCUUUGUCCUUGUAAAGUCCGAGGGGAUUGCGAGUUUUUUUUCAAUCUUUGCACACAAUCCCCUUCCUCGGUGCAAUUGGCCUUUUAAACAUGUGCAUAAUUUUUUUCCUGCUUUCUGCCCGCCUCUGCUUUUUUGUUUGACACACACCAAGCCCACUUUCCGCCUCGUUCCGGCGUUUUAAACUCUCUGAUUUCUGCUGAUUUUUCAGCAGCCGACGUCAGUAAACUGAUGACGCGUUUCGAGUGCUUGGGACAGUUCGGAAGCACUUUAUAAAAUGCUGAGCAUUAUUGCUGUCUUGAUCAUUGCAGAAGUAGCAGGGAGGGGACCUGGGGCUGAGACUUGGCUAAGCCUCAGUUUCGCGGGGGCGUCUUGAGAGCUGCUGCAGAGCACCAGUUGAGCAGUUGUAAAUGAUUGAUCCUUGUCAGUGUGGAUAGCCAAGAAAAGGCAGGUGCUCCGUUCCCGGUACUUUCUUCCCUACCCAGUUCCUGCUGCAGGCUCCUUCAAGAUCUGUGAAAAUAUAGUUCAGGGUUAGCCAAAGGCUCCUCUUAAUGAUCCUUUUGCAAUUUUGUUCUUGUAAAGAAAAAAAAAGGGGGGGGGAAGGAUUGGGUUUCUCUGUGCACAGGCUCACCCUUUCCCGUAUAAUUGGCUCUUAUAAAUAUAUGUAUAUGAUUUUUGAUGGUGUCGGGGGCGGGAGAUGUUUUUAAAUUGUAAAAUAUUUUGUACAAAAUAAUUAAACCUGCCAAAAUAAAUGUUGCUAGAGCAUC